UAUUAUAUUAUACAUAGGUUCAGGUUCAGAAUAUUAUACAGUAUUCUAUGCUCAUAAAAUAUUCAAUAUUGACAUGAUCUAAGAUUCUAAGGUACUGUUUAAAGACAAAAUGAAUAUAUCAACUGAAAUUGAACUAGGACUGAAACGGUUAUGCAACCCAGCACUGAUAAAUGACCAAUGUUUUCAAAUAUUAUUACAAAAGGCUGAAAAGAUACUGGGAACAUUGUUGAGUGAUACUUCUGAACAAACAUUACAUGAUGAUUCUACCAUAAGCAUAACAUCUAAACAAGAUAUUGCUAAAGAAGCAUAUGCUUCUUUAGUAACUCUGUUCACAAUUGCUAAUAGACAUUGUCUAGAUGGAAAAUCAUUGAACCAAAACUUACAAACUCUAGUUUUGGCUAAUACUGAUCGUUUAUCAGAGAUUAUUAAAACUUAUGAAUCUAUUAGACCACAUUUAAUAGAAGUUUCUAAGAUUACCACUACAUCUUUGGCUAAUGUGGUCGAUGUUGAAUGCCGUCUUGAUUAUUGUGUACAAUCUAGUGUUUUUGAUGACGUGUCUGAAUUCUUAUACAAGGUGCGACUGAAGACAAUAGACAAUGGUACAAUAAAAUACAUUGAUUUCGUCUGCAACACACAGGAACUUCAAGAAUUAGUAUUUAAGUUAAAGGACGCAGUUCGCCAUCUAGAAAAAAUUGCUUCGGCCAGUUAAGAUUUACAAAUUAUCGUAACUCAUUACUAAUUUUUCUUAUUACUUAUAGCAAAUUCUACAACAGUCUUAAUAAAUUAUACAUAUAUAUUUUUUUAAAUUUC